AGCAAAAGUGACCAGUCGCUCCUCGCGCACCGACCGUUCCUCGCGUAUACUACCGCAGCAACGCACGCUCGACGUGUAUCUCCACAGUGCCAGGAACGAUGGUGAAUUUCACAUAAAAUAAAUCAGUGCAUGUUUGUUUUUGAGAAUAAAACCCGAACAUUACAAAGUAACCGAGGAUGCGAGGCGUGUGGUGGAGCGCGUUCGCGCUGCUGCUACUGGCGGUGGCCACCGACGCUAUUCGGUCCGCGCAGGAAGAAGGCGGAUCACGCAUCAACAGACGAGUUCCGAAUUCCAGCAGAAGUCCUACAAGUACAAAUAAAUCAGAAGAUGUACAACCUACACCCAGGCCGAGAGCCUCAAGAAGAGGAGAACGGUAUGAAGAUGUCACUCCACGUGAUAUUUCCCGAACAAGACAUAGAAGUAAGUCACCUGAAACCUCUUCUACAGUUGCACCAGAUCUAACUAGCAAUCAAUCUUUUAAAAGCGAGCGUUUUGACUCAAGAAGAACAAACACUCGAACACGCAAUAGACCAGCUGUGAACGAGGAAAAUUUUGAUACCACAAUAAAAAGGGAAAAGCAAAUAACUAGAACACGGCAAAUUACAAGGCAAGCACCUUCUUCAACGACGUCAACGACGCAAGCUCCUAUUGUUGAAACUUCACCUUUCAGUGUUAAACCCCAAACGAAAGUGACGGAUUCAACCACUAAUAAAAUAUUAUCCACAAACAUUCCAACACAAUCGAGUGCACCCAGUAGAGAGUUUAGAAGAAGAAGUUCUACGGCACAGAUAAUUGAGCUGAUAACUCCUAUGCCAUCACGAACGCGAGGACGUAUUAACACGCGCACUAACAUUAGAACACUCGAUUUGGAUGUUUCAGGCACUGCAAAUGCACUAACAACUGUUCCAAAAGAGCAAACUACUGCAAGAACCAACGAUUUAAGAAAUUCUAGGAAAUUAAGAUACAGAACGCGACCAACGGAAAUAGAUACGAACUUAACGGGUGAAGGAAUCAUAUCUAAUGAAUUAAAAUCUAGUCAAUCUAGGGAAAACGUUACUAGUCAACCCGAAUUAAAGACGUCUUCUUCAUCAACGUCGACAACAGAAAGAAGUAUCAGACAAAACAGAGAAAACGCGACUGAAAAGACUAGUACUACUAAGGCUCCGAAAGUUAUUAAACGCCCAGUUUAUCGAGCCAAGGCGAAAUCAUCUGCAAAAUCAAAAGUGUCGGAUGAAAUAGGUGAGGAUGAUAACUAUCCUCCAAGUUUUAAAGCAUUGAUUCAAGCUAAGAAUGCAUCGACACAAGCGAGCUCUCCACCCAGCGAGAGUUUGUCAGUGAAAGCAUCACAAAAAGUAUUUAACACUCACCCUACUUCUCCACAAUUAAUUAUCACAGCUCCUGACACAGAAAAGCAUUCUCGGCUCCGAAGUAAAAUUAACCUUGAAGAUGAUAACGAGAUUAAAAGCGAUGAGAGUGCACAAGCAGAAAUAACACCAGUUUCUGAACCUCCAAAAGCCAGAUCUACAGAAUAUAGACUACGUGGAUCCUACACACCAAGAAAUAAAAAGUCUAGAGCUUUUUCAUCUUCCACUAGUUCCACUAAAAGGUUUAGUCCGGUAACACAAAGCAGUUACAAAUUCAGUAGAAAGUUUAAAGCAUCAACAACUGAAGUUCCUAAGACAGAGAACACGCUUAAAAAUAACCGUUCUGAAAGUAGUUUACAUAAAAAACCAGUUGCACGGUCUUUUUUUCCUAGAAGAAAUGUUACAAGAAACUUUAAUGUAAGCACAGAGAUUCCUAAAACUAGUGAUCCAAAUAGAAAUGUCAAUGACAAAUCGGCAAAUAUUCAUCAAUCAAAGCAAACAUUGCCUAGAACUUCCUAUUAUUCUAGAUCAAGAAGUAACGCCGCUAGCUCAACUUUAUCAACCAUAUCGAGCAUACAAGAUGUAACAGAAGCUAUGACGGCAGUCGACAAAAAAUCUGAAAAUACGGCCGAUACUCCUAUAAUUUUUACAUACACAAAUAAUCCUACAAAACCAGAAUCAGAAAGUUUAAGUAAAAGCAAUGAAAACCAAAGAUUCAUAAUAACUGUUAACAGCAAAGAAUCUCUAGAAAAUGGCACUGAUAAUAAUGAAAUAGUCAGUCAGAUGGAGGCAAGUCAAAAAAAACCUGUUAUAAAUGUAAUUACUUCCACUCAAAAGUAUCAUGCAACUUAUAAGGAUAAAAAUAAUGAUGAUGCUUUGGAGGAAAAGGAAAAAAGUACAGUUACAUCUGUUCCUCCUAUAAGAAAUAUUCAAACAAGAAAAUAUAGCCGUAAAUCACUAAAACGAAGAGAUCCCACGACUCCAAGAUCAAAAGAGCGCAAUUUAAAAAAAUAUAGUGACACUUUCUCAAAGACUACUGAGGCUUCAUCAAACGGCAUACUUGCAGAACCUGAAAAAACUAAAAACAAAUUUAGCUCUAAAUAUCGUGCUUCAUAUCUUGAUAAACCGUUUUACAAACCUACUGUACCCACAGUCACACCAUCUACUGUAGAGGGAGAAGAAACACAAUUAGGGCCCGACAUGAACGUAAUUUCUUUCACUAAAACCGCAAGUCCACCAAUGUCAGCUGACCUCAGACUUUCCGAGAACCUGGCAAAGCCGUUACAAGUCAUGAAUGUUGAGGCAUCAAAUCAUUCACCCUCAGUUACAGUAUCAAUUUUCGAUGCUCUAGCUGACAUACUUACGUCCACACCUAAAUCUCGUAUCUCUUCAACAACUUCAGCACCGCAAAAUCAAAACACUAAUAAUGAAGUUAAACUCAACGGCGUGAGUAGCAAUACUAAUGUAAAAAGUGUCGAAGGCUCAAAAAGUCAAGACACCUCGACAGUUGUUGUAAACACCAUUGCUAAUCCUGUACAAAAUGAACAGACUACACCAAAUGUGUUUAACCGUGUGCUGGUUGGGGGAACUGCUACACCAUCACAAAUUAAUGAAGAUGAAAAAAUUUCUUCUGUGAAUACACCUUCGACACUUCCCUCUUCCACUCCUUUUUCCACUACACCUUUUUCCGCCAGGAGACCAUUUGCUAUAAAAGUGCUGUAUGCAGAUACUGAUCCAACGACAGACAGAACGACAGCCGUAUUUACUGCAACUCAGCCACCGACUGACCGCCCAACAACGGUAUAUAAUAAAGUGUCCGAUCUUAUUUUAUCUAAUAAUAAACUAGUUUCCUCUGGACUAACAAGCAUGUUAUCGGAUAAUAUUAAAAGUAUUAUCGAAAAUAUGGACGAUGAUAGCAAAGCUAAACUUUCUAUAGAUAUGGUAAAAUUACUGGAUAAUAUUAUUCCAAAAUUAUCAGGUAGAAGCUUACGAAAUGAUAUAGAUUCUAUUCCAGAUACAACACCUUACAGUUUGGACGAUAUUAAAGAUACUGAAAACAUUCAAAUCGACAUUAAAGAUACUUCAAAUAUUAUGAAUGAAAAUAUCCUCCAAAAUGUAGGAGUUAAUAAUAUUGUAAAUAGCACGGAGAAGGAUAGUUUUCAACUAGUAAUUGCUACAACUGUAGCAGCUCCUGCUGUAAAUGGCUUUUCUUCACAGGAAAACUCGAAUAACAUGAUAUUAAUGCCUACUGAAUCAACACAAAAUGUUGAUACGGUUCCUACCUCUACUUUAUCUAACACUGUUUUGCCUUCUAGUACUUCUGGAUUAGGCGUUUUUAUUGUAAAUGCUGAUAGCAAUCCGAGUUUGAGUGUGAAUGAAGUUACUAACAAACCUGAACCAGUCCCAUUCCUAACAAAUUUUGAAUUAAAUGAUUUCGAUUCUAAUAUCGCAAAUGGAACCAAUGUGUUCUCUAAUUUAUCAAAAUCCUUACAAUUGGAAGAAUUAGACAAUAUUGAUAACAUACAAGAUCCAAGUCAACUAUCGCGGCUUCAGCUAUGGAUAUUGUCUAAAAAAGCACGAGUAUUAAAAAUGAUCGAAGACUUAAUACGUAAUCACAAUGAUGAGAUUGCGAAUGCCCCAUUGACGGAAUUAAUAAAUGAUACAAACCAAAAUAACAUUUCGUUAUCAAACCGUUUGACUGAGAUUGUAAAUACGAUGAGACCAGAAACCACAACAACAAUUGAUUCUGACAUUAGAAAAAAUGAUGAACCGACUUCCACUACUGUUACAAACACUAUAAUGACGACAAGUUUUUUCUCAAACCCAACCUUACCUUCCUUCCUACCAACUGAAGCAGAUCUUAUAAUGACAACAACGUCAAUUCCAAUUGAAACCACUUCACCUAGACUAUUAGAUAGUGAAACAACGGCUUCUCAAACUGCUAGUCAAACAGCUGAUGCUUUCUCUACUACCACUUCUAUGGUUAUUGCUGAGUCAACAACAGUUGAAAGCAAAAUUAGAAGUCUGGAUUUAGUAGAAACAACAACAAAUGCAGAAAUGACACAAACAACUACAACGAGUAUUCCCGAAACAACUACAGCUGAGGUAGAACCUACGACAGAGCCAAUUGUAACAAAUGAAAACAAUUUAGAAACUACAACCGCAUCAGGUAUUGAAACUACUACAGUCGCACUUCCAAAUAUGACAAACUCGAACAGUGUUAAUAUUGCUAGCCAACAACUCAACGUCGCAACUCCACCACCCAUUCCGAAAAAAGAUUAUGUCAUUUUUGGAAUACUACCUAACAAUACAGUGAUUUCUUCAUAUUCGGCACUUAAUAUAAAAGAUAGCAGUUCAUUGGGUAUAACUACCUCCACAAAUAAGCCGCCUGCUGAAAUAAGCACUGCCUCGCAUGUUUUGAGUUUACGCACUACUACAAUGUUACCUUCUGUCGAUGAGAUUUUGCUUAAUAGCAUAUCAUUGGCAACUAAAGAGGAGAUGUUCAUAUCCUCAAUGACAAGUUCUACUCGUGAACCAAGAAUAUUAACACUGGAUAUCGAUCCGGAGACAAAACAAAUACGCACAGAAAAGCCUGAUGAUGGAAGUGGGAAAACAGUAUUUAAAUUUAUACCUAUAGAUGAAGUCACCGCAUCCCCUCAAGAAUCAAAUGUAUUAAAACUAGCUUCUACAAAAAUGCCAAAAGUAACUACAGCAAAUGAAAUGCAAACGAGUAUACCAACAUUAACGACAGAAUCUAAUACACAAACACAGAAACAAAAUUAUGUAAAUAUCAAUGAUUUUACGGCUAUGAUACAAAAUACACUGGCGUCUGAAAUCCCAGUUCAAACAACUACUAGCAAUACAGAAACUUCAGUUGCAGUGGAAACUACUUUUACAUCAACAACAACUUUGACAACUACGUCAGCACCAGGCACUACAGAAACUAUUAUGGCUUCAGUUACACCAAGUGAAAGUCCAGUUACAACAACACCUCUUUCAUGGUUACCAAUUACAACCGCAGUACCAACAGUGACUACACCGGUAUUAACGACGACAGAUGGACCACCAUCUACAACUGUACAAGCUACAGCAAGUGUUUCCCAGUCUACAGCUGCAAGAGAUACAGAACUAUUGCAAGCUAUAUUAGAACAACUUGAACGUAGACCGAAAAAUUUAAAUGAUUUUAGUAGUACAAAUCAAGCAACACAAAAUAAUCAACAGUUAACAGACAACACUAAACUAUUGCAAGCGAUUCUAUUAGGCGCAGGAAAUACCAAGGAAACACAAAGUACAACAAUACGAUCGAUUGAAGAUGAUAUUCGUCAGUUUGAGGAAGAUUCACGCCUUUUAAAAGCUCUUUUGAUCGCGACGGGGCGUAAUCCCGCUGAUCUCAAUUUACCAACUUUGAAUAAUAUUAAGGCAAUAACUACAGAUGCAACUGCCAUCCCUACGACACCAGCACUGUUAACUACUACACAAACACCGCCACCAACAACAACUACAACGACGACGACGACUACUACUACAAUGGCUCCAACAACAACAACGAUGUUUACGACAAUAACAAUGGCUCCAACAACAAAUCCUCCAACAACAGUCAGAACAUCCACACUAGAUGAUGAUUUAAGGAGAUUGCGAGAAGACACAAGGCUUCUACAAGCACUAUUGCAAGCAACUGGCCAACAGAAUACUGGUAGUUUACCAAUUAUAUCGGGAGGUACUUCUAAUCUUAGGAUUGCAUCAAAUCCGUUGACUACGUCUUUAGGAUCGAAUCCAACAACUCCUGUAAAUGUUCGACCUGUGUAUACGACACUGCCAGUUUUCACUAAUUCUCUCAAUCCUGGAUCUUUCACUGUUUCUACGUUACAGCCACAACAGUCAAGUACUGAAGAAAUUGGAAUAUCCACAACAUUCCGACCCUUUAAUGAAAGAGCCACUACAACUAUACGUAACAUAGGUGGUUUAAGAACUACUACUCGACGAGCUCAACCAGCCAGGUUUACUGUAACAACUGAGAUGCCCAGUACGUCCACGUUUUCAGAUGAAGAAGAUUUGCUCUUCUUACAAAAUUUGAAAUCUGUAUUAAGCACACAAAACGGUGACGUAGAUCCAGAGACAGCGCUUGCUAACCGAGUCAUUGCGCUUGCUGUCGAAAGAAGUUUAAAUGAAAUACAAGGUGGUACAACUGGGGAAACUUCUACAACUAGCAGACCAAGUACUACUACUAGGCCGACGACAACCAGGCCUACAACUACCAGCAGGCCUACAACUACCAGGAGAACGACUACAACACAGCGAACGACUACGACUCCACAGAUACCGCCUUCAUUAGAAGCAGACAUCAAACAAUUCGAAGAAGAUACAAAACUAUUACAGGCAUUAUUGAAGGCAACUGGGCAAGAUCCAUCCAAAUUAAAUCUUCCAACCCUGCCAAAUAUUAAUAAGGUGGUAAAUAAUGAAAGACCUUCAAAUAAUGCUAUUAUUACAACAACGAACAAACCAUAUGGAGCGAAAAUAGCGGUAAAGGAUGAUCUCAAAAAUGAACAAGAUGACGCUAAGUUACUACAAACAUUGAUCAAGCUGCAAGAUGCACAAGAAACUACUACGCAGAAAGGAAAAAUUGCUCUCACAGGUCAAACAAGUGAUGAAGCGUUAAAGAAAUUAAUAAAUGCUCAACCAGCUGGUAUGGUGCCCGAAGCAACUAAAUCAUCAAUUUCGUUGAGUACGGAGUACGGAAAUAGCAAUGAUGCUUUGCUAGCGGCACUGUUGAAAGAGCAAGGUUUUGGACCGACAACGGCAAGUUCUUUGGAUGAACAACUUCGGCUUUCUGCUUUACUCAACCAAGUGGUAGUGACACCGAAGGCUAGGCGAACGACGACACCACCCCCGCCACCUCCAGCACCGAGAAGACCAAUUUUAGAUGGUCUUGCGUGGCUAUGGCAGCAGUGGAGAGAGACAGCUCCUGGUUCUGGUGAACCACGACCUAGCAGAAGGCCUGCAUCAUCAGCAAGACCUUCAGUGACACCUUCUGAAGCAACCAGCUCUAGAGUCAAUUGGUUUGGCUCUGGGCCUUUUGUUGGUAACGCUGACGAGAGGCCAUCGUCGAACAGAAUACCUCUGGAGCCUCCCAGUGUAGUGACUUCGGAACAGGAACCUACUAGACCACUUGUGUCGGCAGCUAUUAAUAUGACGAGGGCGCUUUCACAGUUCCUAGGAGCUGCUAUACAGGGAGCUGCCCAGACGGUACAGAGCGUGUUCCGCGCGGGCCGGGUGGCUGCCACAGAUGCCUAUACCAACGGUUCUGGUUAACUCCACCGUGGACUGAAAGUUGGACUGAACUGCCAUGGACUCGAAACUUUUCCGAAAGUGUCAUAGUAUGCACUAUGUGUUGCGAGUGCUCAAUGUUGUAAAUAGUCGCUUUAAUUUAGGAGCCUCAUCUUAUGCCCGUUCUUCACUUGCGUACAAAUCGUGGCGCGAAAUGUGUGGUAUGGCUGAUUAUAUCGUAUAAUAUAAUCGUCCAUACCAGACUUGGAAUAGCUAGAUGGCGAAUAUUCACUAAAAAAUUAACAAACCGCGUCUAUUUCUUUCUACCUAAGCUACGAUGACGUUCGCGAGUGAUGAUUACUAAGCAAUCACAAGUUUCAAUCACCUUGCGUCACUGAGCCAACAGACAUCGACAGGAGAGAGGAUCGAUCUUUCGUAUUUGCAAGAGGAAUGAUGUAUAGAAUUGACAGAGGAAUGAAAAUAAAAUAUGAGUAAAAUGACUAUAUUUCGGGCACCCCUGGAUGGACGGUUUUCUCGCGGUAUCUAGUAAUUUCAAGUCCCUGAUCCACGCUUUUGUUUUGCGCCAUUCACGGGUACUGACGGGUACGGGUUGCAACGCGAUUUGUACCAGAGUGAAGAGCGGGCUUUAUGUUUUAGAGAAGCGAAAAUAGUCCUAAUUCGGUUGUAAACAAAUCUUUAAAUUGAACUUAAUGCCAUCCUUUUCUGCAUAGGACAUUGUGAAAAGGACAGCAUUAAUUUUAAACCUGUCGAUUUAGUUUAACAUAGAAAUUUGGUACAACUGAAUUAGCCUGCCUCAAUAGCUAAAUGUUCAAGGAACAAAAUUGAAACCCGAAAGGUUGGAAGUUCAAACCUUCCCCGAUUAUUGUGGUACCUACUUAAACAAACUUGGUUAGAGAGGUAUGUGUACAUUGCCAAUUAAAAACUUGUGAUUGUCCGCGUAAUUGUUAUUGUUGGCGGAAUUUAUUUUAUUUUGGUACAUUAGAUUAUAUUGGAAAGAGUCGUCAGCUGUUUUUAAUACGCGGCGUUUCACAUACAAAUACAAAAAUAAUUAUUGUAAAGAACAUUAUCGUAUGAAAGUUUUAAUUUUUUAGUCUGGGGUGGAUAUAGGGACAUACGUUCUUGAGGUUAUAUAACCUUAGGUUGCCUGUUUGAGGGUGGAUAAACGGUAUAAGCUGAGAAACCGAAUUUGUUUAUGGAUUAAGAAGAUUUUGACGGGGUUGAAAUUUUGAACCGUCUCCAUUUUAAAAGCUAUGAGUAGUAGUAAUUUUACCUCAUUGAUAAAGCUAAUUGUAAUUUAAUUCAAAAGAGAAGAAUUUUCAAACAUUUCAGAAUUUUUUAUAGGAUUCUGUAUAAUAAUAUAAUAUUUGAAUUCUUUUUAUAAUAAUUGAUAUGUAAUAAACAAGUGGCAGAUGAAUGUGAUCAUUUUAGCAAUUACGUUUUGUAUUAGGAUUUAAAAACAGAAUUCCUCCUUCUACAUUAAAGAUAAUACCUAGCUAAUUUAAAACUUAAUAAUAUAAUGCUGUAUUCCAAAACACAGAAAAUGUACCUACUUCAUGCGUAUAAAAAUUCUGAAUUUCUUGCAACAAUGUUCUUUGAUUAUUUUAUCAUCUUAUAUUCUGGCCUAAAGUUGUAAAUAACUUUUAGUUAAAAGUAAUUGUUGAAACUUUGUAGGCUGUACUUUGGGACUUCUGUUCGGGUGUAAUUCUUUUAUUUAUCGAUCGAUCGAAAAUUACUAAUCUUACUUCUAAAAUGAUAAGAUUCCGCUUCAGUAAGACUUUAAAACUAUAAAUUUUGCUAAAAUUAUCUUAACAAUAAUCUUUGUUAGCAAUAUAAACAAGUUAUUAAACAAUUACUCAUAUGUCUAUGUACCUACUACGCACGCGAUGGGGCAAAAUUCAUAAUAUGAAUCUGGCCAUUAAAAUUAUAAGCAGAAUCGAGAUCUUUUGCUUAGAAUUUGGUCGUUUAAAGUGUGCCCUUUGAUGCGCGGUAUAUACUUAGAAUUUAUUGUUAUUUAAGUAAAUUAAUGUACAGUAGCAUCGUAGCUUAAGUUUUUAUUUAAUCUUAAGUCUAAAACAUGUGCCAUUUACGCACGUGCUUGGUUUUUCCAUUCCUCCUGCUUUUAUUUAUUUUGUUUUAGACUUUUCUUAGAACGUAUUUACUUAAAUAUGUUUGUACUGUCAAGGUAAGGCAGUCAGUAAGGUAAACAAUUAUUGUGUACCUUGUAUGUUAACUGAUAAUUAUCUUUUUGUUAUUAAAAACAAACUAUUACGCGAUUACGUCUAGUAAAUCAUACAGCUCGAAAGUGCUAUACUUAAUAGCCAAAAGUAAUCUGUGUAUUUUCUUAGAUUUUUGUGUAUGGGUAACCGGGAAGUUUUUAAAAAUACUAGGGAAAGAGAUUUCAUUAAAUGUCGAAUUUUUGGGGUUUCCAUCCCUCAGUGGUUUAUCUUCACUAUAUACUUAAUGUAGCCUUGGGAGGCUCCGGCUUUCAUACAGAUAUUCCAAAUGCGAAAUAUGACUGUCUGUUUGUUAGCUUUUUACGGCCUAUCCGUUAAGUCAAUUUCGAUGGGUAGGUACAGAGAUAGUUUGCAUCCCGGGGGCAGAAAUACGCUACUUUUUGUCCCGGAAAAUGAAAGAGUUCCCACGGGAUUUUUAAAAGUUAACUGAUUUUGGAGAAACGUACAGAAUUGUUUGCAUCUCGGAGCUGGGCCUAGGUUACUUUUAUCCCGGGAAAUCAAAUAGUUUCCAAUAGUUUUAAUAGAUGAAACAACGUGCUAGUCGCCUGUGGGUCCCAACGCAAUUUUAGGGAAUAUAGGUUCGGGUUUUAAGUAUGACACGUUUAAAAUACAAACCAAAAUAUUUGCUAAAACAGUUAACUAGGUACCUAGGUGCCUUUUUAAAGAAAAAUAAAUAUAAUACAAUAGUUUAAGGUAAUAUCAUUAAUGUAUAUAAAAUUAGUUUUUAAUGUA